AAAUCAAGUGGCAUUAUUUGUCACCUCUCAUCUCCUAUUCCAAACACAGCCUACAAAAGUCCACUUAUUCACACAACCAAAAAUCUCUACAGGAAAAAAUCAAAAAAAUUGAAAACAAUGGGAAUCGCGGAAGAGGCUCACAAUGUUCGCGUGAUCGGCUCAGGGCAGCAGACGAUCGUGCUCGCGCACGGAUUCGGCACGGAUCAAUCGGUGUGGAAGCAUCUUGUGCCGCACUUGGUGGACGAUUACCGUGUGAUUUUGUACGAUAACAUGGGCGCCGGCACCACCAAUCCGGAUUACUUCGAUUUCCAGAGGUAUACGUCGCUGGACGGCUACGCCUGCGACGUUCUCGCUAUUUUGGACGAGCUUCAGGUGCAGUCGUGUAUAUACGUCGGCCAUUCCGUCUCCGCCAUGAUUGGGCUCAUCGCCUCCAUCUCCCGCCCCGAUCUCUUCUCGAAGAUUUUGACUAUCUCUGCUUCUCCUAGGUAUGUGAACGAGCCGGACUACUACGGCGGAUUUGAGCGGACGGAGCUGAUAGAGCUAUUCGAGGCGAUGAAAUCGAACUACAAGGCAUGGUGCGACGGGUUCGCCCCGCUGUGCGUGGGCGGCGACAUGGAGUCCGUGUCGGUGCAGGAAUUCAGCCGGACUCUCUUCAACAUGAGACCGGACAUUGCGCUGAGCGUCGCCCAAACCAUAUUCUACAGCGACGUCAGGCCUCUCCUUCGCCACGUCACCGUGCCGUGCCACAUCAUCCAGAGCGUCAAGGACCUGGCUGUGCCGGUGGUGGUGUCUGAGUACCUCCACCAGAACCUUGGUGGGGACUCCAUCGUCGAGGUCAUGUCAACCGACGGCCACCUUCCGCAGCUCAGCUCACCCGAAGUUGUUGUGCCCGUGCUGCUUAGGCACAUUCGCUAUAACAUUGCUGCUUGAUUCUUGUUAUAUUUGGAUGAUCACUAUUGUUGUAUCCUUAAUGUUCUUAUUUGCUACUGUGUUUUUAUUAUUUUUAACUUAGCUCUCCGUUUAUGGAAGUUCUUAAAUGUAAA